AUGGAUAUUAUUUUGCAUUUCUUAACGCUUAUUACAUUACUCCUCAAGCCAGUUCUAAACCAAUAUGUAACAUUACAUGAUGGUUCACCAUUAUUUGGCCAUGAAAUAUAUGGUGAAAAUGGUAAAUUGGUUACUGAAUUUCUCGGGAUACCAUUUGCUGAACCACCGGUUGGACAAUUGAGGUUUCGAAAGCCAAAACCAAAACAACCAUGGCGAACACCGCUUAAUGCUACGAAGAUGCCAAAUGCUUGCAUGCAGAGCUCGGAUACAUAUUUUGGUGAUUUCCAAGGAGCAACAAUGUGGAACAGUAAUGUGCCGGUGUCCGAAGAUUGUCUUUACCUCAAUUUAGUUGUACCGGGAAAAAUCAAUCGAAAUGCUCGACUACCGGUUAUGGUUUGGAUAUACGGUGGAGGCUUUUGGUCCGGAUGCAUAUCAUUGGAUGUUUACAAUCCAAAAAUUAUAACCAGCGAAGAGAAUGUGAUAUUUGUUGCAAUGAAUUAUCGUGUCAGUGUGUUUGGCUUUCUGUAUAUGGGUCGAGAAGAAGCGCCUGGCAAUAUGGGUCUAUGGGAUCAACUUCUUGCACUGAAAUGGGUUCGGAAAAAUAUCGAUUUGUUUGGUGGUGAUCCAAAUCAGGUGACGUUAUUUGGUGAAAGUGCGGGUGCAGCAUCGGUUUCAAUGCACUUAUUAAGUCCCAAAAGUGCGCCAUAUUUUCGGCGUGCAAUUGUUCAGAGCGGAAGUGUCACAGCUCCGUGGGCAAUAGAAAGCAGGGAGGUAGCAAUUGCACGUUCAGUUAUUUUAUACGAUGAUAUGCGAUGCGGAAAUAUGUCAAAAGAUCCUCAGAACUGGAAUCUUGAAAAGGUGUUGCGAUGCUUAAUGGACGCGCCAGCAGAAGCACUUCGUGAUUCGGAAUGGGCCCCUGUGAUGGAAUUCGCUGAUUUCCCGUGGGUUCCGGUAGUCGAUGGUGAUUUCUUGAUUGAGCAACCAACAACAUCACUCAAACGAGGCAAUUUCAAACUUUCAGAAUUGCUUAUUGGUUCAAACUUGGAGGAAGCAAUUUAUUUCAUUGUCUAUCAAUUGGGUGAUAUUUUCCCACCGAGAGAUUUCUUCAUAAAAAGUGAUUUUGUGACAAAUCGUGAGGAGUGGUUACGCAGUAUAUCAAAUCUAUUACCUCGACAAAUGCUAAAAGCUCCAUUGGCAUUAGCAUCGAUUAUUCAUGAAUAUGAGCCAGCUGAUCUACCAAUUAAGCCAUCUGACUGGGUUAAUUCACUGGAUAAAAUGCUUGGUGAUUUACAAUUCACAUGUAACAGCAAUGAAAUUGCAUUAGCCAAUAGUAUGCAUGGAGGUGACACUUAUUAUUAUUAUUUCACGCAUCGCUCAACUCAACAAACUUGGCCUAAAUGGAUGGGUGUCCUUCAUGGAUAUGAAAUAAAUUUCAUAUUUGGUGAACCAUUUAAUACGAAGAAAUUUACAUACACCAAAGAAGAGCAAGAAUUAAGUAUGAGAUUCAUGCGAUAUUGGGCUAAUUUUGCCCGUACUGGAAAUCCGAAUAAAAAUCCGGAUGAGACAUACACACCAGAUGUCUGGCCACGGUAUACACAAGCAACAAUGGAAUAUAUGAAUUUAACGGUGGAAUCAGAUUAUUAUGCUGGGGCAUCACGUAUUGGUACUGGGCCAAGAAGGAAACAAUGCUCGUUCUGGAAGAAAAUUCUACCAAAUUUGAUGGCUGCCGUAGCUGAUACAGGAGAUCAAGUAAUGCGCUGGAAACAGGAAAUGAAUCGUUGGGAGAAUGAAUACAUUGUUGAUUGGCAACUUCACUUCGAGCAGUACAAAAAAUAUCAAGCAUAUCGAUAUGCUGAUUCAGAAAAUGGUCAAUGCUAA